CACUCGAACAGCCCCGCGAUUCUCCCCCGCUCUCCACUCGCGUCACGGAAUCUCUUCCCUCCACGACCCGACGCUGCUUCUUCUUCCUCGAUCCUAGCCCUAACCCUAAUUCCCCGCAACCCUCGCUUCUCCCCCUCCUCUCCUUCGAUCGGGAUGAGCACCUUGAGAUCGAUUGCCCGCCCCCACAGCGCCGUCUCCUCCUUCAUCUACUGCUACCGCGGCUACGCCCGUCUAGGGUUCGCACCCUCCGCCCGAAACCCUAACGUCCGGAUCCCCUCCCCCUCUACCUCGUCUUCUUACCUGCACUCUGCUUUCGUCCUCGACUUCGAUCUCACGGGGGCGGCGACUGCGUCCAGAUCCGGCCAAAGGAGGACUCUCACGAGGGUUUCCAAUUGGAAUUCGGAGAAAUCUCCCUACGAGACCCUCGAGCUGGAAAGAGAUGCUGAUGAAGAGAAGAUAAAAUCUGCGUACAGGAGAUUGGCCAAGUUUUAUCACCCUGAUGUGUAUAACGGUAGGGGAUCUCUAGAGGAAGGUGAAACCGCUGAAGCUCGCUUUAUCAAAAUUCAAGCAGCUUAUGAGCUUUUGAUAGAUGUGGAAAAGCGAAGGCAAUAUGACAGAGAUCACCGAGUCAAUCCACUGAAGGCUUCUCAGGCAUGGAUGGAAUGGUUAAUGAAAAAGCGAAAAGCUUUUGAUCAACGGGGAGAUAUGGCUAUUGCGGCCUGGGCUGAGCAACAGCAGCGUGAGAUGAAUCUCCGUGCUCGCCGCCUCUCUCGUUCAAAGAUCGAUCCCGAGGAAGAGAAGAGGAUAUUGGCCAAGGAGAAGAAGGCAUCGAUGGAGUACUUCUCCAGUACAUUGAGGAGGCAUACUCUUGUUUUGAAAAAGAGAGAUUUAAUGCGGAAAAAGGCGGAGGAGGACAAGAAAAAGGUCAUUACUCAACUUCUAGCCGCAGAAGGACUUGAGCUCGACACCGACGACGACGAAGCUGCCUGAGAUAUUUACUAAAUGUUGAAUUAUUCUUUGUACAUAGAAAUUCUCUUCGGUUGAUGUUUAAAAUCAGAAAAUUCAACAGAAGAGCCCAAAUCUGUAUUAUUAUUAUUUACGUCGGUGUAUAUUUGUUCCGAUGGAAAGAAAAUAUUCCAAAAAUGUUAUGUUUC